AUGGACGCUGAGAACUUCACUUCAGAAGCAGAGUUCAUUCUCUUGGGACUCACCUCUCAUCGAACAGAACAAAUUCUGGUCUUUGCGGUCUUCCUAACAAUCUACUUGCUCACAGUUUUGGGUAACCUGCUGAUCAUCCUGUUGGUACACACUGAUGCUCAACUGCACACACCUAUGUACUACUUCCUCAGCCAUCUUGCAGGAACAGAUAUUGUGUAUGUCACUACCACUUUGCCUCAGACGCUAGCUCACCUCCUCGCUGGAAAUGGAGUGCUCUCCUCAAUACGUUGUAUGCUACAGGGAGGCAGUGCACUGAGCAUGGGCAGUACAGAAUGCUUGCUCUUGGGAGUCAUGGCUUACGAUCGCUACUUGGCCAUCUGCAACCCUUUGAAAUAUGCUUCCGCCAUGGACAAGAAGCUCCAACACCUGCUUGCCAGUUCCUGCUGGAUCAUAGGGUGCCUCUUCUCGAUGGUGAAUGCUGUUUGCAUCUUUCAUCAUUCUUUCUGUGGUCGUAAUUCCAUUAACCACUUCACAUGUGAGUUGCAAUUUGUCCUGAAGCUGGCAUGUGGCGAUGUCAAACACACCAAAGCCAUUCUCAAUGGUUUGUCAGCAUUUAUUGUUCUGGUUCCCUUUUCUAUUAUUUUGUGUUCCUACAGUUGCAUCCUGUAUUCCAUUUGUCAAAUGCGGUCGGCUGCGGGUUGGCAGAAAGCUCUCUCCACCUGUGGCUCCCACCUUGCUGUGGUCACCUUGUUCUAUGGUACCAUUAUCUCUAUAUACAUAAUCCCUCAAUCAAGCUCAUAUCCUGACCGGGAGAAAAAAAUUGCAGUCUUGUACAUUGUGGUGACUCCACUGCUUAACGCUAUCAUCUAUACCCUGCGGAACAAGGACAUCCAUCAGGCUAUGAGUAGGGUGUGGAAAAGGGGCUGCUUUGAGAAAAAGCCAUGA